AUGAUGAAGUUUGAAUCCUCUAGCUCAGUAGUGUUUGUGUCAUUUUGGACUGGUGUGUGGGGGUGUGGCCUCCUGCUGUGUGGGUGUGGUCUCCUGCUGUGUGGGUGUGGUCUCCUGCUGUGGGAGUGUGGUCUCCUGCUGUGUGGGUGUGGUCUCCUGCUGUGUGGGUGUGGUCUCCUGCUGUGGUCUCCUGCUGUGGGGUGUGGUCUCCUGCUGUGGGGGUGUGGUCUCCUGCUGUGGGGUGUGGUCUCCUCCUGUGGGGGUGUGGUCUCCUGCUGUGGGGUGUGGUCUCCUGCUGUGGGGGUGUGGUCUCCUGCUGUGGGGGUGUGGUCUGCUGCUGUGUGGGUGUGGUCUCCUGCUGUGUGGGUGUGGUCUCCUGCUGUGUGGGUGUGGUCUCCUGCUGUGUGGGUGUGGUCUCCUGCUGUGUGGGUGUGGUCUCCUGCUGUGUGGGUGUGGUCUCCUGCUGUGGGGGUGUGGUCUCCUGCUGUGUGGGUGUGGUCUCCUGCUGUGUGGGUGUGGUCUCCUGCUGUGGGGUGUGGUCUCCUGCUGUGUGGGUGUGGUCUCCUGCUGUGGGGGUGUGGUCUCCUGCUGUGGGGGUGUGGUCUCCUGCUGUGUGGGUGUGGUCUCCUGCUGUGGGGUGUGGUCUCCUGCUGUGGGGGUGUGGUCUCCUGCUGUGGGGUGUGGUCUCCUGCCGUGUGGGUGUGGUCUCCUGCUGUGUGGGUGUGGUCUCCUGCUGUGUGGGUGUGGUCUCCUGCUGUGGGGUGUGGUCUCCUGCUGUGUGGGUGUGGUCUCCUGCUGUGGGGUGUGGUCUCCUGCUGUGGGGUGUGGUCUCCUGCUGUGGGGGUGUGGUCUCCUGCUGUGGGGUGUGGUCUCCUCCUGUGGGGGUGUGGUCUCCUCCUGUGGGGGUGUGGUCUCCUGCUGUGGGGGUGUGGUGCUGUGGGGUAG